AUGCCUUCUUGUCCGCCAACGCAACCUCAGGAUCCACGGGAGGUGCCCCAAGUCGAGAUUUCGAGCCCACCCUCAACCUUUCCUUUGAGCAACUCUCCACUGCCAGAUAUAUCUGACAAGGAAGAGAACAUACACCAUCACCAACCAUUGUUCAACAUCUUUGAGGAAACUCUCGAUUACGAUUAUAACGCCCCCGAAGUCACUUUGGCCUUAUCUUUGUCUUAUGAUCCUCAUGCAUCCGAGCCUAUUUUUCCAUUCAUAUUAAACGACUAUGAAGAAGCCGGGGAAUUCGCUACCUCUCCCGUCGUGAACACUAUUUUAAGCCCUUACCAGCCGCUUAGAAUCACGAGUCCGAGCGGACUGCUCACAGAUCGCUUAUUUCAUCACUUCAUCAAUACCCUCUCCCUCAGCUUGUAUCCUGUGGAGCCGGUUCGAAACCCGUAUCGAAAAGUGUAUGGCUCGCUUGCGAUCGAAUGUAAACCAUUGAUGGAUACCAUCUUAUUUGCGUCCGGCCUACAUCUCUCCAAAUUGGGACAUUUGGAAAAUGACAAGCUAAAAGCAUUUCGAAUGGAAAUCAAGAGCUCGUUCCGGGACGCUCUGAAGAAGGGGCGAGGGUUUUGGGCCCUCGGGUUGACCGUGAUGCUCUCUAUUAUAUUUGAUGUGAUCGGAACAGGACUCGAUUCGUGGAGCUUGAAACUGGUUGGUUGCAGGCGGCUGUUGAAACUCGGGCUGGCCGAGGCAAAGGGCGAUGUCGAAACAGAUAAAAAGUGUGUACUCAUGCAGUUCAAUUGGAUGGCAACAAUGGGACGGACCCUACUUGUUGGCAUUGAACCGUUGGAGUCACUCGAGGAAAUCAAGUGCAUCGAUGGAGAUGAGGUUUGCGAGACGUCGCCAGGGACUAUUGACAUGUCUUUUCAUCAGUCUUACUGGUGGGCUAAUAUGCCUGACUGGAAGAUGCACAUGCUUCUACGUGAAUCUACUGAUCUUGCUGUGAAAAUCCACAAACUCAGGGUGACUGGCAGUAGUACUGAUCAGCUUCUGUCCGCCACCCUGAACGUAGCUGAGCUUUUGGAUAAAAUCAAGAAUUGGCACCCUGACAUGUCCUCUGUCUCCCCCGAAUACAUUCACUCGGUUCAUCACUUCAACGAGAUAUGGAGACUCGGCCUGCUGUGCUACAUAUAUCACGACAUCUAUGCCCUCAGUUCGGAUGACUGUCGAAUACAGGAGGCGUUAGAGAAGUCGCUAGAUAGUUUACAGAAUUUAUCAUGGCUUCAAGCAUGCAUGUGGCCUGUUUUUAUGCUCGCAGUCCACGCGAAGACUGUAGAGAGCAGAGAUAUAUAUCGGGACGGGUUGAUGAGAAUGCACACUUCACUAGGAUUUCAAGCACCUCUAUCAUUGGUUCUCGUUCUCAACAGGGUUUGGGACUGUCUUGAUGAAAAGGGCUGGAGACCAUGGAAAAAUGUGGUGAAAGAACUGGGUCUGGAAUUGAAUAUCUUGCUAUAG